AUGCCUGACCUCGAGAAGAUGGCGGCGGACCAGUCGUCUGUUCGGCCAGACUACGAGACUCCCGUCCCGUCUCGCUCCCACUCCAUUAUGUCUAGCUCAGGCACCUCGGGCCACUCCUCCGCCCUCGAGCCCAUAGCCACCCAUCACACAGAUGUCCAUGCCAUCAACAGCGGCAGCAAUGGAUAUGAUAUCUCUGCCUGCAUGUCCCGGGCUACGACUCGCGACCUCGAGCGCCACCCCACCUUGCUCAGUCGCAUGGCCACCCAGCGCAGUCAACACAACGAGACUGUCGGCUCUACCCGAUCACGGCCGCUGGAUAAACCGCUACCUCCAUUUGGUGCAGGAAAGCCGUAUCCUCCUCCUCUGCCCGAGAAGGAAGAGUACGUCGUCGAGUUUGAUGGGCCAGAUGAUCCUCUACACCCUCAGAAUUGGUCCCUGAAGCGGAAGAUAUUCACUGCGCUGAUACUAGCAUGGACGACCAUUAUCUCAUCCUUUACCAGCAGCAUCUUCUCCACUGCCACUAUCGAAGUGUCUCGUCAAUUUGGCGUCUCGACUGAAGUAGGCAUUCUGGGCCUCUCUCUCUUCGUCUUGGGUUACGCUACAGGCCCUAUCAUUUGGGCUCCUCUAUCCGAGCUCCGUGGCAGACGAUUCCCCAUAAUCCUCGGCAGCGUUGGCUUCACCAUUUUCCAAUUCGGCCUUGCGUCAGCCAAGGACCUGCAGACGGUCAUGCUCUGCCGCUUCUUUGGCGGCUUCUUCGGGGCCUGUCCUGUUGCAGUCGUGGCUGCUGUCUUCUCAGAUAUGUUUGACAACCGCCUGCGUGGUCUUGCAAUUACCCCGUUCUCUAUGACAGUCUUCACUGGACCUUUGCUAGCACCCUUUAUUGGUGGCUUUAUCGUCGAUUCCUACUUGGGCUGGCGCUGGACAGCUUUCCUGCCGGGGAUCUUGGGGGCUUCUGCGCUCAUUCUCAACGUCUUCUUCCUCGCAGAAACCUAUCCGCCUGUAGUCCUCAUCGAAAAGGCUGCUGAACUCCGCCGCCUGACUAAGAACUGGGGCAUCCACGCCAAACAGGAGGAAAUCGAAGUCGAGUUUAGCGAGCUUGUCGAGAAGAACUUCUCUCGUCCGCUGAAGAUUCUAUUUACUGAACCAAUUGUCCUCCUUCUCAGUAUUUACUUGGCCUUCAUCUAUGGACUGCUCUAUCUGUUCCUCACUGCCUACCCGAUCGUCUUCCAGCAGAUUCACGGAUUCAACAAAGGUGUUGGUGGCCUACCUUACUUUGGGAUGAUCAUCGGCCAGCUCAUUGGAGGUGCAUCAAUCAUUCUCUCUCAGCCAUGGUAUAUACGCAAACUAGAAGCUAACGGCGGGGUGACUGUUCCUGAAUGGAGAUUGCCACAUGUUAUGGCAGGUGGAGUGUCAUUCUCAAUUGGUCUCUUCUGGUUUGGAUGGACCGGGUAUAAAGCCGAUAUACAUUGGAUGGCUCCCACUGCUUCAGGCGUGUUUACCGGAUUUGGGCUGCUGGUUAUUUUCUUGCAAAGUCUCAAUUAUAUUAUUGAUGCCUAUCUAGUAUUUGCCGCAUCUGCCAUUGCAGCAAACACUCUUCUUCGAUCGCUUGCCGGAGCUGUCUUCCCGCUGUUUGCUUCGUACAUGGUGAGUUUUGUUACCCAACGUUUCUCCUGUUGCCAUGCAUAUCUAAUGAUAUCUAUAGUUUAA